GGAAUGUCUUGACACCAGCUGGGAAAAUUCAGCCCAAGUGGGCACUUCAAUGUGCAGAUGGCGUCUGCUGCCCCUUAAACGUAGUCUAAGACUUGUCCGCAGGUUGGUGCUGGAAGAAUGUGCGCUGUCUGCUGUGCUGCCGCUCUCCCACAGAAGCACAACCCACGUAGGGAAGGCAGACUUGGCGCCAGCAGGUGGCGUGGGGAUUCAGACACCCCUGAGAAGUGAACCAGGAGCAGGGCCCGGGGCAGGGUGGGAAGAGCCAUGAGCAGUAACAGCAGCAACCUGGCCGUGGGCUACGCGGCCUCCUGUGUGGCCAUCCUCCUGUUCGGCUCAAACUUCAUCCCCCUGAAAAAAUAUGACACCGGUGAUGGCAUGUUUCUGCAGUGGGUGCUGUGUGCGGCCGUGUGGCUGGUGGGCCUGCUCGUCAACCUGCUCCUGCACUGCCCCAAGUUCUGGCCCUUCGCGAUGCUCGGGGGCUGCAUUUGGGCCACAGGAAACAUCGCGGUUGUCCCAAUUAUCAAAACCAUUGGUUUGGGCCUCGGGAUCUUAAUCUGGGGAUCAUUUAAUGCCUUAACUGGCUGGGCAAGCUCCAGGUUUGGCUGGUUUGGGAUGGAGGCAGAAGAAGUCUCCAGCCCGCUGCUGAAUUACAUCAGAGCAGGGCUGGCAGUCGUGAGUGCGUUCCUAUUUUUGUUCAUCAAAAGUGAAAUACCGAGUACGGCGUGUUCCGCGGACACCACGCCGUUGAUGUCCAAGCCCGUGGUCAGCCAAACUCAAGACCCCUGCUCCUGGGUGGACAGGCUCCCCACGGCCCACCGCCGCCCAGUGGGCUGCAGUCUCGCCGUGGCAUCUGGAAUACUCUAUGGGUCUACGUUCGUGCCAGUCAUAUACAUCAAGGACCACAGCAGACGGAACGACAGCAUGUACGCUGGGGCGAGCGAGUACGACCUAGACUACGUCUUCGCGCACGUCAGCGGCAUCUUCCUCACAAGCACGAUCUACUUCCUGGCCUACUGUGCUGCCAUGAGAAACAGCCCCAAGCUGUACCCCGAAGCCGUGCUGCCAGGGUUCCUGUCAGGGGUGCUCUGGGCUGUCGCCACCUGCUGCUGGUUCGUCGCCAAUCACUCGCUGAGCGCCGUGGUCAGUUUCCCGAUCAUCACCACGGGCCCAGGGUUUGUAGCCGCGAUGUGGGGUGUCUUCAUGUUUAAGGAAAUGCAGGGCCUGCAGAACCACGUCCUGCUGGGCCUGGCGUUCUGCACCAUCCUGGCCGGAGUGCUGUGCACCGCCUUCUCUAAAGUCUAGGCAACAGCAGAGGGCAGCACUGCGGGGGUGCCUCGGCGGAGCGGCUGCCCUCCGGAGCUGGAGACACACUGGGUGUGGAAGGCAGAAGCAGACUUCCCACCCUGGGAGGGAGCAGGGUCUCGCUGGGCUGUUCACGUGGCUGACGUCUGGGGGCUGCCUUGGAGCAUCGCCCUGCAGGUGCUCCUCGGACCCAGCCCAGGCUGCCUGCUGCACCGCAGGGGCCCACCAGGAAGUGACAGUCCUGGGGCCACCCUGUCCCCUGCACCCACAAAGAGGGGCAGAAACUUUGUGGGGGAAGAGAGGAGCUCCCGACACCCGAAUUGAAAGCAAAGGCCACCGCUGGGACACGUCCAAAGGCCGGCUCGUUGCUGAAGGAGGGAAGUCAGCUGUCCUCCAAAUGAACGGUGCCCGAGUGUCACCCACUCACCCAGCUGCCAAGCACUUUCAUUCCUCCAGAGAACCCAGCCUCAGAGCAAAGAUGGCCGCCGCUGAGAACACGGGCUAACACACAUGCGGACAUACACCUGCAAGCACACACGUGUGGACUUUCUGGGUUUGGGGCAAUGCCAGAGUCGCUCAGACGAGGGUCCAGCUUAUCAGCGGGGGUUUAGCACGACUAACGCUCUUUGAGGGUACAGCUCCCCGAAACAGAGGCCCUAAGCCACGUCAGCUGGGGGGGUCCCUGCUGCCGCCUGCUCUGGCUGCGGAUUCUGUAAGCAAAGGAGACGCCGAAGCGCUGUUUACCCAGGAGCCAUGAGACGGGGCCGGGAGUGCAGCGAUGGUGACCAUGGCUGCCAAGCCCUCAGUCAAAUGUAAACCCCCCUCCCCACUGACAGUGUGUGCUGGGAGACAGGCCAGCUCUCUGCCUGAGUGCACGGACUGAGUCCCACCCACAGGGGUUCAAAUCCCCCACGUCGGCCUCAUCGUAGCUGUGUGACCUGGGACGUGUCCCCAAGCCCCGUCUGCGAUCCCUAGCCUGUAAGACAGUCACUGGUGGUUCUCCUGGGGUUGAAGACCACAGCGCACAUCUGCAGCAUAUGCUCACCGGUGCCCGGCCGCCUGCUGGCUGUCAUGUCUGCCUUGUGAGAAGGCAGGUCGGAGAGGCCUGGCCUCACCGUCCUCCCGUCCAACGGUACGUGUUGUCUUCCAUAUGAAGUGCUUAAAAACAGCCCAGAGCCCCGGUUUAAUUGAACUACAA